GAGUCAGAGAAAAUGGCAUAGGGGGUGAGUAAAAGUACACAAUGGACUAAGAAGUGAAUCUAACAUUAAAGAAUAACUAGACAUAAGGAACAUAAUUAAACUUGGGUACUAGAUACUAGAAAUAAACAUAAUAACCUAAAAUCACUAAGAAAGACUUCAUCCCCUUUUAACAAUGUCACGUGCAAAAGUUAGUAUUUUAUGUCUAACUGAUAACUCUUUAAAUGGCACAACAGAACAGAGCUGUUCUUCACAACAAGAUGACCCUGCCUUGAAACGGAGCUGGUCUCUGUGGAACACGCAGGUUCCACUUGCUCAUGUGUGGAUUUUCUCUGGGAACUCUGCUGACAUCCCACAGUGACGCCUCUUUGUUUCCAUGUGAUGGACUGCAGACCUGCCCUUUCAUACCGCUAGCAGAUUUUGAUGAGUUUUUGGUAUUCAAUCAGGAUGUUUGUUCCUGAUAGCAUAUGAAACAGGCAUUGACCAGAAGAUAGCAAACCCCAACAUUUAUCAAAAAUUGUUGAUCUGCUUCUUUACAUUGUAUUAAAAAUCUCAUCCCAUAAGUUAUUCUACCCCUCUCUAAAUCUUCAAUAUAAAAUCUAGAAUUGGCAUUAAAGUAUAUAAAUCUGCUCAGCAACCUUUUGCAUGUUUUUGUUUGUUUUUGGACAGCCUCCUUGCCAUCACCCUAAUCUAUUCUUAGAUUGCCCACUGAGUAAAAUAUGUUAGUAAAAUAUGAAGAUUUCAACCAUUUGUUCUUGCAUGCAGCCAGGUAAUAACUAAGCUAAAGUUCAGACGAUGAAAUUAUAAUAAAUGAUCAAAUUGAGUUUCUUAUAUAAAUAAAGUCAAAACUUGUCUGCAUUUAAAAUAUGCACAUUUUAAAUGCAUAUUAUGCAGCAACUUGUACUGCUGAUUCACAUUUUUUUUAUAUCCAAGGUAAGAAACAUGAAUUGAAUCACGUUUGCACAGUGUGAACAGGAAAAGUGGCGUUCCGAUCCGUUUAAAGGCCCCAGAUGAACUGAGGUUGUUGGAAAUCCGAGGCGAAUCUGACAGACUUUAAUUGUUUUAGUGUCAAGAAAGAUUCAUACAGUCUUUGCCUCUCUCUGUCUCUUGACCCCCUGCUGGGACAAACCCAUCCCUGCCUGGUUGCUCCUCUCUUCCAGCAGCUCGUCGCUGAAUAAAACAUGCGAGCCACACGCUGCUGAUCUCUGCAUCUCGCGAAUCUCAGCCACCUAUAGCCUUCCGCUGCAUCUCUCUCUCCCGCUUCCCUUCCCUUUGCUCUCCCCUCCGCUAUCUCAGUGGACGCAUCUCCUCCUGCUCCUCCUUCGUCCUCGGUUUCCCCCCCUGCUUUUCUUUCUUUCUUUCUUUGUCUUCCCAUUCCUCCUUCCGUUCUUCAUCUGAGGAUUCUCCCAGGUGAUCGGCGCAGAGCGCUGCUCCCUCCUCUUUCGUACUGAAGCCGAGUGGUCGACUGCACUCCCAAAGCUCUUCAGGCGACAACUCCCCCUUCGCUCCCCUCCCCUCUACUCUCCUCCCUCCAGUUUGUACAGUAGAGGCAGAAGUAGUGUGUAAGAUCACACUAUUGGCUUUGCUUCCCACCACAUUGGCACUUAAGGAUGAGCUUGCUCAAAGACAAAAGGCAGGCGGAGAAGGAAGACUGUGCUGAGAGUAGGAAGAGAAGAUAGGUAGCCUUUUCUGUCCCACCCAAAAUGAUGGCACCUAAAGGGGGAGGCAUGCCUCUGACAGCAGCAGCUCUCCAGAUGGUAGUUAGGGUGAAGUCAACCCCUCUGUCCUUGUUAUAGCAACACAUGGAGCUCUGUCACUUUUGGGAACACAUCAAUGGACGAUCCUGGGAAUAUCCGCAGCCUGAGCCAGGAGAAAGUGGAGAAAUGCAUGAGCUCGAUGCAGAUCGGGACCCAGAUGGUGAAGCUCCGUGGCGGCUCCAAGGGACUGGUGCGGUUCUUUUACCUGGACGAGCACAAGUCCUGCAUCCGCUGGCGGCCGUCACGCAAGAACGAGAAGGCCAAGAUCUCCAUUGACUCCAUCCGCGAGGUCUGUGAGGGAAAGCAAUCCGAGAUCUUCCAGCGGUAUGCAGAUGGCAGCUUUGACCCAAACUGCUGCUUCAGCCUGUAUUACGGAGAACACAUGGAGUCCCUGGACCUGGUAUCUGGAACAGGAGAGGAGGCCCGGACCUGGAUCACUGGCCUCAAGUACCUGAUGGCCGGGAUCAGUGACGAGGACAGCUUGGCAAAGAGGCAACGCACCCGCGAUCAGUGGCUGAAGCAGACCUUCACUGAGGCUGAUAAAAACGGCGACGGGAGUUUAAGCAUCAAUGAGGUUCUUCAGCUUCUGCAUAAACUCAACGUCAACCUUCCUCGACAAAAGGUCAAACAGAUGUUCAAGGAGGCAGACACAGAUGACAAACAGGGAACUUUGGGGUUCGAGGAGUUCUGCUCCUUCUACAAGAUGAUGUCGACCCGCAGAGACCUGUACCUCCUUAUGCUCACCUACAGCAACCACAAAGACCACCUGGACACAGAUGACAUCACUCGCUUCCUGGAGACGGAGCAAAAGAUGACAAAGGUGACCAAGGACCACUGCUUGGAGAUCAUCAACAAGUUUGAGCCGUGCUCUGAAAAUCAAAAGCAGGGCGUUUUGGGAAUUGAUGGCUUUACAAACUACAUGCGCAGUCCAGCUGGGGACAUCUUCAACCCAGAGCACUACAACGUGAACCAGGACAUGACCCAGCCGCUGUGCAACUACUUCAUCGCCUCAUCGCACAACACCUACCUGAUGGGAGACCAGCUGAUGUCCCAGUCCAGGGUGGAUAUGUACGCCUGGGUGCUGCAGGCAGGCUGUCGCUGUGUGGAAGUCGAUUGCUGGGACGGCCAGGAUGGAGAGCCCAUCGUACACCAUGGUUACACCCUGACCUCCAAGAUCCUCUUCAAAGACGUCAUCGAGACGAUCAACAAGUACGCCUUCAUCAAGACAGACUACCCGGUGAUCCUGUCCAUCGAGAACCACUGCAGCGUUCUUCAGCAAAAGAAGAUGGCCCAGUACCUGGUGGAAAUCCUCGGGGACAAACUAGAUGUGUCCAGCGUCAAGGCAGAGGAGUCUGGGAGACUACCCUCUCCAGAAUCUCUCAGGGGCAAGAUCCUGGUGAAGGGCAAGAAGCUGCCUCCUAAUAUCGACGAGGACGCAGAGGAGGGAGACGUGUCGGAUGAGGACAGCGCUGAUGAGAUGGAGGACGACUGCAAGCUGAUGAACGGAGAUUGGAAGACAUCAGCUAACAGGAAGCAGGUGGAAAACAUGGCUAAGAAAAAACUGGACAACCUGAUGAAAGAGUCCAAGAUCCGAGACCGGGAGGAUCCAGACAGCUUCACCAUCGCUGGCCUCCCACCAAGUGGGAAGACCCUUGAUAAGAGUGACAUCAAGGGUAAAAGUGAUGAGGGGACAGACACAGCUGAUGAGACCAACCCCAGCAGUACCAAGCGCUCCAGCCGCUCCUUCAUCGGAAGCUUCUCUAAGCGCAAGAAAAAGUCGUCAAAGUUGAAGAAGACCUCGAGCUACGAAGAUACAGACACGGACCAGGAGAGCACAAGCAGCGCUUCUCGAGCCCCACCCCACCACAACAAAAAGAAGAAGACCAUGAAGCUCUCUAGAGCCCUGUCUGAUCUGGUGAAGUACACCUGCUCUGUGGGUCUAUAUGAUAUUGAGGCCCAAGCUAACUGCAGCUGGCAGGUGUCGUCUCUGAGCGAGACCAAAGCCCAUCAGCUGAUGCAACAGAAAGCUGCGUCCUUCAUCCAGUUCAACCAGCGGCAGCUAUCCCGAAUCUACCCGUCCUCCUACCGGGUGGACUCCUCUAAUUUCAACCCCCAGCCCUUCUGGAGCACCGGCUGCCAGCUUGUUGCUCUCAACUACCAGUCUGAGGGGCGGGUCCUUCAGCUCAACAGAGCUAAAUUCUACAGCAAUGGCAACUGUGGCUACAUCCUCAAACCCGCCUGCAUGUGUGUAGGUGCCUUUAACCCGAACCUGGAGGACCCCCUGCCAGGCCGCAUGAAGAAACAGCUGGUGUUAAAGAUAAUCAGUGGACAACAGCUGCCCAAACCCAAAGAUUCAAUGCUGGGAGACAGAGGAGAGAUUAUCGAUCCGUUUGUGGAGGUGGAGAUCAUCGGCCUCCCAGUGGACUGCUGCAAAGAGCAGACCAGAGUGGUGGAUGACAACGGGUUCAAUCCGAUGUGGGAGGAGACUCUGGUCUUCACGGUUCACAUGCCGGAGCUGGCCCUUGUGCGUUUCCUUGUGUGGGAUCAUGACCCCAUCGGCCAAGACUUCAUCGGACAGCGAACCAUUGCAUUCCACAGCAUGAUGCCAGGUUAUCGCCACGUUUACCUGGAAGGUAUGGAGGAAGCUUCCAUUUUUGUUCAUGUGGCUGUGAAUGACAUCACCGGUAAGGCCAGAGCAGCCGGUGGUAUAAAGGGUCUGUUUCACAGAAACCCAAAGCAGGCUUCCCUGGACAGCCAUGCUGUUGUGCAUCCCGGCCGUAAGCACCCGUUCGGUGCCCACCUCCUGCGCCGCACCGCCAGCGCCCCCACCAGAGGCCAGCCCAAAGUUAAGAAGGGUUUCCCUGAGCUCGCCAUCGACACCAAAGAUUACAGCUCAGAGGGGGCAAGUGAGGAGCGGGAGUUUGAGGACAGAGACAAGGCAUCUGCGGCCACAUCCUACCAGUUCACUCCUUCACCACAGCACCACAUCGGGGAAUCGGUGGACCCCCACCGAGCCAAGGGCCCCUGGGACCGUCCUGACACAAACGGAGCUCUCCACCCAGAGGAGAGCAAAGACUCUUCCGUGGUGCAGGAAUCAAGCUCCCCUCCUCGCAUUCCUUCACUAAAAGGGGGAAAUCCCAGUAGCAGCUGUUUGAUCCGCUCUGCCUCCAGUCCGGAGCAGAGCCUGUCACCGCAUCAAUCCACUCCUACACCGCUGCAUCCACCAUCAGCUGUUCCUUUAGCAUCUACAGCCAGCAGUCCUCUGUACGGCGCAGCGCACAGUGCCACUAAAGUCAGCAGAGACGUUAAAGCCUCCACCUCUUUCCCUUCCAACAGUCCUGUAGAGAUGGUUGAACCGUCUCUGUCCCCCCGAGUCGCCCAGGCAACAAGAGGCGCCUUGGAGGAGGAGAUACCAGAACGGAGGAAAACCCCAGAAACUCUCGCUCCAGGAGAAAGAAAGCCUCAUCAAAGAGCAGAGCCCCCAGGUGAAACACGGCCCCCGGGAAGCCUCGGGCCCCCGGCUUCUCAGCCUCCGCAGGCCAGGAGAGCUCUCUUUAGCUCCCCGCCACAACCUGUCCCAGUAAGACGGGCAAAGAGUGAAGGGCACGUUCUGGGGGAAGGAGCCAAGCCGGCCCAGUCGGCUGUACCAGAGGUCUGUACAGACGCCACCAUGAACGACCGGCUCUGGAGCAAACUGGAGCCUGGCAGCCACCGAGACAGCAUGUCUUCGUCCUCCAGCAUCUCCUCCAACGACACGGUGAUCGACCUGUCUCUACCUAACCUGGCUAGAAGGAGCCUGGGCGUUCUGCCCAGUCCCAGUAACGGCUGCGACGCCUCCCGGAUCGACUGCCGCCGCGCCGCGCCAGCUCCCUGCGACACGGUGAGGGUCAGUAAGAGCAAGUCCAACCCCAACCUUCAGCAAAGGAGCUGUCCCAAAGAUGAGCUUAAGCCCCGCCCAUUGCAGCCAGCCCAGAAUGGUGCAGACGAGUCACCUGGCAGACUGACCCAAAGAAGGCACACCUGGUGCCGGCUUUACAUGGAAGGACUCAAGCAGGCGUCACCCAAAAGGCCGAGUGGCGCUGCAACCUCAGCUGCGUCCAUGUCAAAGAGUCUCGGAGACCUGACCUCUGAGGACAUCUCCUGCAACUUUGACAGCAAGUACCGCAGCAUCAGCCGCAGCUUCAUUGUACGGCCCAGCAGAGAUGCGCUCCGUAAGGGCAGCGCUCCGAGGAGCCGGCCGCAGAGCGACCUGACGGAGCAGCUGCGCAGGCUGACUGACGUGGAGCCGCUGAGUCCCUGCGACUUCAUCCCGGAGGGCGGAGCCAGGGAAGCGGGGGGGCAGGAGGCCGAGGAGGCGCUGGUGAGACGGACCUCAUCCAGGAGCCAGAGCAGGGUCCGCUACAUCGCCAACAGGGCCAAACAGGCCCAGGAAAGGAAGCGGCUGCAGGGUUUGCUCCAGGCCAGGAGUGCUAGCUUCAGCUUUACUGGGAGCACUGAGAGCACUGGCAGUGGUGCUGGUCCCAUGGAGGAGCGGGGGAACCCAGAGGGAGCAUGCUCUGUGGGCCAGAGUCCCUGCAGCAGCCUGGACCUGCUGAGUCAGCUGGAGCCCCCCUCCCAUGUACAGCCCCCCAUGACAGCUGACAGCGCCCAACUGUUCUUCAGGCUGCAGCUCUGAGAACGGGCUGACUUGGAACUGAUGGUGGGAGACUCAGCUAGAAACUUGAUUUGAAUCCAUUUCUCCAGAUUUUUUUUUUGCCGGUUUCUCAAAACAGACUGUCACCAAGCAGAGCAUCUGAUCCCGUCUCAGUUAAACUCAAACGACCACUUCUCGUAGAAACCAUCAGGUGCUUUUCUACAGCAGGAACUGGAGGCUGGGAUGAGCCCCGCCCCCUCUGCUCACCUUCCUAUCGCUCACUUCCUGGUUCAAGCUUACACACUGAGGAUGCAGUUACUGUAAUACUGUACUCACCGGUCACACUGUUCUGGUUGCCCGAGCCUCUCUCCCCCCCUUCCCCAAACACACACACACACCCCGUUCUCUUCACCAUCCUCUUCCCCGGUACAGUUUCUUUUAAAGGAACAAGCUCUGCGCUGUGGAAGUUGGAAAAUGGACUAUAGUGAAAAGUUUUUAUAUAAUAUAUUAACUGAUAUUUGUGUUGAAUCUGACCUGCUCUCAUGUGUCUGUAUUUUUUAGACAUGACCUCACAGUAGCAAUAGAUACUAGAGAACAGGAUUUUAAUUUUUUUUUUUUUUUUUAUUUGCUUGAACUUUUUAGAUGUAAAUUAGAUUGUUUAUGUGGAGGCAUUGCCAACUCAUCCAUCUGUUAGCAAUAUUUUGAACAUGAUAGAAUGUCAUGAAGAAUAAUGUGCCGUUUGAUGCUGAAAGUCUUGUCUUUGCUGAAAAAGAUGACUGGUUUUUCAAUGCAAGGAUUGAAAAUGUAGAUUUUUAAGGGACUAAUUCUGGCCGUUCUGUUGUAACCGGACUGAGCUCCUAUUCUGUUGACUGUAGUCUGUGGCAUGUCCAGGCGCCAACACCCUGUUCUUUAACUGAGCCGCUUCGACCUGGCCCUUUAUGUUGACCGCAUGCCUUUUUAAGCACACUACUAACUUCCUUCGUUUUACCAAUUUUUUUAUAUGAAGAUUUAAGAUUUUAGCCGCUUCUCGGAUCACCUCGUGUUGGCGAGCAGGGCAUCGCGUCCGAAUCCCUGUUUUCGUUUCUCCGCGCUCCUAAAGGAAGACGGGAAUGAUCUUGUUUGUUCCGUUCGCCCUGCCCUCCAAGUUCUUUGAGCAGACACUCUGAAGACAAUAUUGAGUUCAAACAAUGUGUAAUUAUGACAUGAAUAAAACUCGGAUAACACUGAA